CAUGCGCAGUGCUAAUGGAGCAGGGACUCGGCUCGGGUUGUGACAGUGGGGUUUAUUUGAGAGUGCAUGAACCUGUGGCUAUAGCGGAUGUGUGCAGUGUCAAAGCGAUGCGUUAUAACCGAGACAUAAACGCUUCAUAGCGCACUGCGGAAGGGAAAGCAAGGAAAAGAGAUGUGAGCAGUCAUCAUUCGGAAUAGCGACGCAGGAGAUGUCGGAGGUUGGAUUGGUUUGGGAUUGACUGUCUGGUUUGUUUGUUUUUUUUUCUCCCCACCCCGCACUUCUGGGCUUAAUGAGUGUCCAAAGUGAGAGGAUCCUCACUGGAAGUUUGGACGCAGCGCCAUCUUUGGUCCCAGUUCUCCAUCUGCGACCCCGGGCCUGGCUUUAAACACACACAUCUCAACCCCCGGGAUCCGUGACAGAGUGUGUGUGUGUUUGUGUGUGUUAGGGAUGGAGGAGCUGCAGUCUCUGGACCCACGCAGACAGGAGCUGCUCGAGGCUCGGUUCAUGGGGGCGGUAAGCGGCAGCACCGGGGGCAGCACAGGCAGCGCCAGCGGAGGAGCCAAGGGCUUGAUCAAUAAUGAAUGCUCCAACCACAGCUUUGGCAGUCUGGGAUCAUCAAGUGACAAGGAGUCUGAGAACUCCGAUCUGAAGAGAGGCGGCUCUCCGGCGUAUUCCACACCCGAGAAGAAGCACUCCGAGACGACUAGGAGGAAGAGGAAAGCCGACAACCAAUCAGAGAGCAGCCAAGGGAAGUCAUCCGGUCGAGGAGCGAAGAUCAGCGAUUACUUCGACUUUCAGGCAGGAAACGGCUCCAGCCCUGUCAGAGGAAUGCCGCCUGGUCUUCGUGCCCCUCACGGCUCUCAUUCUGCCCCCGGCUCCAUCGUGCGACAGAACAGUUCCUCGCCCACCAGCCUGUGUUUCACCGAUCACAUGAUGCAGCCAAAACAGCUCGGUAUCAGAAGUGUGCAGACUGAUCUGACUCUGUUAAAGCUCGCUGCCCUUGAGAGCAAUAAGAAUCUGGACCUGGAGAAAAAGGAGGGCAGAAUAGAUGAUCUGCUCAGGGCUAACUGUGACCUGCGGAGACAGAUCGAGGAACAGCAGAAGCUGCUGGAACGGUAUAAAGAGCGGCUGAACAAGUGCACCACCAUGAGCAAGAAACUGCUCAUCGAGAAGAGCACCCAGGAGAAGCAGUCGUGUCGGGAGAAGAGCAUGCAGGAUCGUCUACGGCUCGGCCACUUCACCACGGUGCGACACGGAGCAUCCUACACGGAGCAGUGGACCGACGGAUACGCCUUCCAGAACCUGGUCAAGCAGCAGGAGUGGGUGAACCAACAGAGGGAAGAUAUCGAAAGGCAGCGGAAGCUUCUCGCAAAGCGCAAACCUCCGAACACGGCGCCGUCUCAGAGCCUGGCGCCUUACAACGAGUCCAAACCCAGAAAGACCAAAGCCGUGAACGGAGCGGACAACGACCCCUUCCUCAAACCCAGCCUACCUUCACUGUUAACUUUAGCAGAGUAUCACGAACAGGAGGAGAUCUUCAAACUCCGACUGGGCCAUCUCAAAAAGGAGGAAGCGGAGAUUCAGGCCGAGCUGGAGCGUCUGGAGCGAGUGAGGAAUCUGCACAUCCGUGAACUGAAGAGGAUCAGUAACGAGGACAGCUCCCAGUUUAAAGAUCACCCAACUCUCAACGACCGAUACCUGCUCCUGCACCUGCUGGGCCGCGGAGGAUUCAGCGAGGUUUAUAAGGCCUUCGACCUGUUUGAGCAACGUUACGCAGCAGUGAAGAUCCACCAACUCAACAAGAACUGGAGAGAGGAGAAGAAGGAGAACUACCACAAACAUGCGUGCAGAGAAUACCGAAUCCACAAGCAGCUGGACCAUCCCAGAAUAGUCAAACUGUACGACUACUUCUCCCUGGACACGGACACGUUCUGCACGGUGCUGGAGUUCUGCGAGGGGAACGAUCUGGACUUCUACCUGAAGCAGCACAAGCUGAUGUCUGAGAAGGAAGCUCGUUCCAUCGUCAUGCAGAUCGCCAACGCCCUCCGAUACCUCAACGAGAUCAAACCGCCAAUCAUUCACUACGACCUCAAACCAGGUAACAUCCUGCUGGUGGACGGUACCGCGUGCGGAGAGAUAAAGAUCACCGACUUCGGCCUGUCGAAGAUCAUGGAUGACGAUAACUACGGUGUGGACGGUAUGGACCUGACCUCGCAGGGAGCCGGGACCUACUGGUAUUUACCACCGGAGUGCUUCGUCGUCGGAAAAGAGCCGCCAAAGAUCUCAAAUAAAGUGGACGUCUGGUCUGUGGGCGUCAUCUUCUUCCAGUGUCUCUAUGGACGCAAGCCGUUUGGCCAUAACCAGUCUCAGCAGGACAUCCUCCAGGAGAACACCAUCCUCAAAGCCACUGACGUCCAGUUCCCUCCCAAACCUGUGGUCAGCAACGAAGCCAAGGCGUUUAUUCGGCGCUGUCUGGCGUACAGGAAGGAGGACCGCUACGACGUCCACCAGCUCUGUAGCGACUCGUACCUGCUCCCUCACAUCCGGCGAACCAAUUCGUCCGGAAACCUGCAGGCCAUGCCCACUAGCCCCGCCUCCUCCUCGAUCAUCUCAUACUGAUCUCAUGUUGAUCUGUCUGGCUUGAAAAGUGAUUGAGUUUGUUUUGUUUUGUUUGUUUGUUUGUUUUGAGCGAGUGCCCUUGUGUGUAGGUGGGGGAAAGUGUGGGAGGGGUUUACGGGUCAGGACGUGGGCCUAAACACACACCGGGCUGAAGUUGCCAUGGCGAAAGUGCACUUGAUGAUGGGAUGCUGAGCACAGGUGGGAGAGUGGGGAGGAAAAAAAAAACUUGAAUACUAAUGCCACAAGGUGGCUGGGUUAAACAUGAGUGUACAGGAGGUGUGCGUGUGUGUGUGCGUGUGCGUGCGUGCGUGUGUGUGUGUGUGUUGGGGGAGGGCAUUACACUUCACACUUUUCAUUAUUUCUUUGUCUUAUGUCCCCUGCUGUGUGUGUGUGUGAGUGUGUGUGAGUGUGAGAGUGUAUCAGGUGCUGUUGGGGUAUGUCGUGUGUGUGUGUGUGUGUGAGAGAGCAGGUCCAGGGUAAACUUGAUUUCUUCAAAUAGAUAUUUCUGGAUCAACAUUUUUUUUCCCAACCAAUCAUCGACCUCUGAUGUCAUCAGCGUGCGCCUCGGAAAACUCACAUCGGAUUUUUUUUAAACAUUCUUUUUAACGCCGCACUAUUUUGAAGGACCGGUGUCCGAGACCACAGUACCCAUAAUGCACUGCGUCAUUUUGGUUCGAUUAGUCCACACCUUCGCUGAGGAAUACAGCGGGUUACUAUGGAAACGGCUCUAACGUCGAAUGCGAGUGUUUUUUUUAUGAAGUAAUCGUGCGUGUUUACGGAGACGGUCCUCACUGUAGAAAAACAAGGCCAGGGGGCGGAGCCGUCCGGAUUUCUGAUCCCGUACGCCUAACCCUAACCUACACGACACCGUACGAGACAUUAAACGCACUCACACAGCCUGAAACACGUCGCACUCGCUGGAUGUUUGGCUCGACUCCGCACAGGUAGUCGGCGCCGGAUCAGGUCCGACUCCACCUUGUGGACUCUGUGACUCUGUCUUUAAUGCAGCAAGGCGUUCAUUUCGCGCUCUCAGUGCCAUCUAGAAGACGAGGCACGAUCUUACCGAAGCUGUUCUCACGGAGGCUUAUCCGGUUUUCCAGCACUGAAACGAUACAGUAAAGAGCUUUUGUGCCCGUGUGCCAUCGGACCUACACCAUCUACACCUCAUAACCUUCUGGUUCUAGCUCUCUACAACGUUUGAAGGAUUGCAGCGAGCUUCAAUUAUCACUCUUUUAGUAACGUUAAAGUGUUUGCGUACGACGAACCGAGCUAAAAUUUUCCUCAACUUCCGCAAUCGCCCGUAACGUACGAAGCCGGUUCCAGACACAGCUCGUUUGCAUAUAGCGACGCCCACAAACUCCAUACAAGGUGAAGUGCACAGAGAGCUGGGAGCAUGAAAUGAGCAAUCAGGGUAAAGGGUGAAAGGCAGAUGUGGAGCUUAUUUCGACUCACUAUUGUGCCAAAAAAAGGAAUCUGAUUUAUUUGGGAGUGUCGGCUUGUUUUCUUUAGUCUUUGUAUUCGUUCAUUAAUUUAACGCCACAUGAUACGACAGGGCUGGAUUUCACAACACGUUCCCGAUUGUACUCUUCGUCCCUGAUCCCAGCGAACUAGCACGAGGACGUGAUUUUGAUCGAGACGCCAAAGCUCUUCUCUAAAUCGCUCUGGAUAAAUGUCUGUGAAACGCCGUAAACCAAGCGAUUUAAGGUCGACCGUUAUACUCCACGUAUAAAAGGGCAAUCACGAUACAAGUCGAGGUUUACUUCAGUGUGGAAGUUAACACGCACAGGAGCGUAAAUGCUUACACACACACACACACACACACACACUGUCUAGAUGAUCAUGAUGGAAAACGGAGUAUUUCUUUAGCUUUAUGAACACAGGAGUGGGAGGAGUAUGUCUCUCAUGCUGAUGACAUCACAUGGCAGUGAUUGGUGGAAAUAAACUUCAUGUUUAAUAACGAAUCAUGUUCACGGCCGGUCCAGGAUCGGUGUUGGACUGUCCCACAUCGCCCCCUGAAGCAAUGUUCACGUUGCUGCUACUCAGUGUUGCUUUUUAGUUUUCAGUUAGGCUUGUGUAUUUGUUUUUGUAUACUGUACAAUUUAAAAAGAGAUGUCAUAUAUGAGAAGUUUAUUUGCCAGGAAUUUGCAGCAUGUUCAUUCAGUACCUUUUUGUCAGGUGUGUGUGUGUGUGUGUGUUGAGGGGGGUGUGUGUGUGUGUGUGUGUGUAACAACUUCUAAGCUAACAGACAGAAAGUGGGCCUGACCCCGCCCCCAAAUCACAGAUCACGCCGUGCGACCAACCAGGAGCCGGAAUCAGCAGUGCUCCGUCUGCUUUCUUCUUCCCCUCCUCCUCCCCGUCUCUCCCUCUCUCAGCCCUUCGUCUGUGAUCGGUCUCUGAAAUGCUGCUGCCGUUGUAGGGAAUGUAGCCAAAAGAGAAAUAAAAAUUCCUAAAGCUAUUUUAAUA